UCGGUUCGAGCAACCAGUGAUGCCUAACGCGGAGUGAACUAUUUUUGCAAAGUACCUGCGUACCCAGUCAAGAUCGCUCAAAAUGGGAGAAUUUAUUAUUAUUCCAAUUGUAACGCUACUGUUAGUGUUUACCAUUAUUUCUGUGAAAAUUCGCGAAACGAAAAUGUUGAAGUGCAACCGCUCUAUUUUUACAAGCUACUCACCAAAAACUAUCAAUUUACAGUAUUCUUUUAUCAAACGGUACCGAAAAAUACAAAAACUGCAAGCACAGGCCCCCACCACGGAUAACUCAGCAAUAAUAUACACAAUUCCAACGAAUCAACCAACCAAUCAAACACAUCGGACGGAAACUGGUAGUGCAAUAUUAUAUCCCCAUCGGACAACUACGUACAACUUGCGACCAGUUAGCACUGAUCUGCCUCCGUCGUAUGAAGAUGUGACGAAAACAACAACCACCACAACUACGACUACAACAACGUAACUGCAAAAGGCUGUGAUAAGUGCAAUAUUGAACUCUUAUUUAGCAGUAAGCUUUUCAGUUGAAU